AUGUCAAUUAGAAGCUCAUCAUGGAUAACUCUGAAAUUCAGAGGUGUUCUUGAUGCAGUUCGAGUCAGCAAAUUCCAAUCAAACUAUGUUGGAUUACAGAGAAACAGACCGAUUGUGUCAGCUGCUAGGACUGAAAGAGUUCACAGGAUGCAAUUCUAUGGCACCAAUAGCAACAACACAAGUACUAAUGCAAAAGGAAUAAAGGAGGUGAAGCUUCAAUCUGAAGCACCUGCACCUGCUUCUAAAAGUUUUUCCUUCUCUUAUUGGCUAAGAUGGGUGUUAGGCAUGGUACUUUCUCUCUUGCUACCCUUCUGGAAACCUUACUGGAAGCAACUACAGAGAAUAGAAGGAGAGGCAGAGUUUGUGGUUGAAGAGGCUGAAGCGGUUGCAAAAGUGGUAGAAAAAGUGGCAACCGUAGCAGAAAAGGUAUCUGAAGAUGUAGCAGAGAUGCUUCCUGAGGAUGGUAAACUAAGAAAAGCAGCAUUGGUGGUAGAACGUGCAUCAAAAGAAGUAGCACAUGAUGCUCAGCUUACUGAACAAUUCAUACACAAGGUUGAAGAACUCAAGAAUGACCUGGAUGAUAUAGAAGCCUUUGUUGAACCAGUAAUUGACAAGAUUGUGAAGAUGUAA